CUAAAAUCCAGCAACUGGUCGAUUACUCUGGAUACUGAAUGCAGAUCGAUCUGAGAUCAAUUGGAAUAAAAAGGAAUAUUUGAUUCGUUCAUCCAAUCACAUGGAUGAAGAGACUAUCGACGUUGUGUUCCGGCCCUCGCAUUUCGAAUCAUAGCAGCCAAUUAAAGCAGCUACUUCUGCCAUCACAAUGAAGGAUGUCAAAGAGCUAGCCGAUAACGUAGAAGAUCUGAAGAACGAUGGCAUGAUGAACAUGGACCUAGCGUUUGAUGGCAUGUGGUCGUUUUCAGGGUAUUGUGGAAUGAUGGUACAACUUGCACAUUUUUUUGUCGAGUCAAAACAAGGACGGGAGGAAAACAAAGGUUUCGGAGAAAAUGAUGAAGACGACGAAGACGAAUUUUUGUUCGUGGGAAGCAUGGAUAUCUCUGCAGAAGAAACAAUAAUCCGAUGCCAAGAAAAUUUGGAAGAACGAAAUUUGCAUAUGGCUGACGGUGUAUUGCGGCGAUUGGUGGAGGGAUGCUGUCCACCAAAGAUUCGUAUUACAAGGCUCGAUGAAGAUACAUUGAAGAAACUUAUCGACUAUAAAGUACAAGGAAAUCACUUUUUCGGCCGGCACGAAUUCCGAGAGGCCAUUGAUUUCUACGACUUAGCGUUGUCUUCCAUUCCCGAAACCCAGAGGAGACUGUAUAUUGCGCCAAGAAACCAGAUCCAAGAGAUUGUGAACGUGUUAUCUAACAAAGCGGAAUGUUUGUUGCGGAAGGUAAAAUACGAAGAAGCGGCCGAAACUGCCACAGAUGCGCUGAUCUUCAUGGCCGACCACGAAAAGUCACGCAUACGGAGGGCCAAAGCUGGAUUGGAAAUUGGAAAAUACGACAGAUACGAAGCGACGUCGCGAGGAGACGGAAGCAUGACAGGUGUAGCAUUUUUGGUUCAAUCGAAAUACGAUUUGGAGGAAGUUUUGAAUGCACCUGAUGCCACAUUGGUAGGGAGGCAAACCGCGGAAGAAAUUUUACAUCAAGUGGAUAAACUGCUGAAGGGCGCGAAGAAAAAAGUCUUGAGCAAGGACCCAAAUCCAGAAUGGGAUUUAAAUGUUUUAAAAAUUCAAUCGAGGUGUUGGUAGAACCGGUCUUCAAGUUACAUGCCUGACAUGCAUACUACUAGACAUUUGAUACACUGAUGCUUGCACAUACUAGCUAACUACUUAUCUGUUUUAGUCUUGAACUGACAGUUUGAUCUCUAUCUUGGUCACCAACCAGCCUUCAAUAGAAACAACCACAGCAAUGUGUUCCUAAUAAAGAGACAAUUCUAGC